AUGUCGGCCGCGGCCUGGGCCUCGCCUGCGGCCGGGAGCCCGGGCUGCGGGCCCGGCGGGCGGGCGGCCGGCGGGCCGGGCCGGGCGGCCUCGUCGCUCGCUGCGGCCGCCGCCGCCGCCGCCGCCGCGGGGCCCGCCUCCCGCCGCCGGAGCCGGGGCCGGGGCUGCGGGGCCGCGGGCCGGCCGGGGGCGGAGGGCGGCCGGGCGGGGGCCGCGGAGUCAGCCCCGCCUCGGGCCGGGCGCGGCGGGCGGGAGGCCUGGCCGGCCGCGGCGGGCCUCCGGAGCCUGGAGCCGGCGGGAGCGGCGGCGGCGCGGGCGGGCGACUGGCCGGCCGCGCUCGGGGCGCUGCGGCCUCCGCCUCCUCGGCGUCGUCGUCGGGGCUCCGGCAGCGGACGCGGCGCCCGGCGGCUCGGCUCGGCUCGCUCUCAAAAUGGCGGCGGCGUGAAAUGUCACAUCCGCAUGGGGGGCCCGAGAGCGAGCGAGCGAGAGAGCGGAGAGCGGGCGGGAGGCGCAGGGAGCGGGCGGGCGGGCGCCGAGCAGGAGGGCGGAGCGGGAGCAGGAGGGCGGAGCAGAGGGGGCGGAGCAGGGAGCGGCCCGCCCGCCGCCGCCGCCGCCGCCGCCGCCUCGGCCCGCCCGCCGGGCUCCGGCUCCCGCUCCGGCCGCACCGCGGCCCGCGUGUCCCCCACGUCCCCAGCGCCAGCCGGCCCUGGCCCGGGUGCCUGCCCCUGA